ACUCUUAUUAACUGUUAAGAAAGGAAUCAAGCAAUACUGCCUCUCCAAACUUUCUAUUUAAAACCUUCAAUUCACUCCUUAUUGAAGCCAAGAAAAGAAACUCAGUGCUCACGGACAAUAGCUCUAGAACCAACACUGAUUCCAGCAUCAUGACAAUGUUUUCAAGUUAUUUCCAUUCCCUCUACCAAACUCCUCACAGACUUAGAAGAAGAAUGCUAGCAACUUGGACCCCAGACCAGGAAUUCAACCAAGUGAGGCAGAGGUCUGGGGCUGACAUGAAGAGGAAGCUCAAGUGGUAUGAUCUUGUAGCUCUUGGAGUUGGAGGAAUGCUUGGUGUUGGAGUGUUUGUCACAACCGGUCCUGUUGCCCUUCAUCACUCUGGUCCAUCAGUCUUCAUAUCCUACAUCAUAGCAGGAAUAUCAGCACUUCUGUCCUCUUUGUGUUACACUGAAUUUGCUGUUCAAGUACCAGUUGCUGGAGGAGCUUUCAGUUAUAUAAGAUUGACUUUUGGAGAAUUCUUGGGAUAUUUUGCUGGGGCAAAUAUACUGAUGGAGUAUGUCUUCUCAAAUGCUGCUGUAGCAAGAAGCUUUACAGAAUAUUUGAGCUUUACAUUUGGACAAAAUAAUCCAAAUGUAUGGAGAGUGGAAGUCCCUGUGUUGCCAAAGGAUUAUAACAUGUUGGAUUUUCCUGCUGUUGCUCUUAUUCUUAUUCUCACUCUGUGCUUGUGUCACAGUACAAAGGAAAGCUCAAUAUUGAACCUCAUUAUGACAGUCUUCCAUGUGAUUUUCUUUGGAUUCAUCAUAGUUGCUGGAUUUUGCAAUGGAAGUACCAAAAACUUAGUUAGUCCCAAAGGACUAGCUCCUUUUGGUGCUAGAGGUAUUCUAGAUGGAGCAGCAAUAGUCUACUUCAGUUACAUAGGGUAUGAUUCAGCUUCAACCAUGGCUGAGGAGGUCAGAGAUCCUUUUAAGAGCCUACCCAUUGGAAUUGUGGGUUCAGUUCUCAUAACCACUUUCUUUUAUUGCCUAAUGGCCCUGUCUUUGUGCAUGAUGGUUCCUUACAACAAGAUAUCAGAGAAAGCAUCAUAUUCAAUAGCAUUCCUCAAAAUUGGUUGGAGUUGGGCAAGUAACCUUGUUGGAGGAGGUGCAAGUUUGGGUAUAGUGGCUUCUCUGUUGGUUGCAAUGCUAGGCCAAGCCAGAUACCUUUGUGUUAUAGGAAGGGCAAGGCUGGUGCCAUCUUGGUUGGCCAAAGUACAUCCUUCAACAGGCACUCCAUUGAAUGCCACAAUGUUUUUGGGAUUUUGCACAGCAGCCAUUGCCCUCUUCACAGAGCUUGACAUCAUAAUUGAGUUGAUCAGCAUUGGAACGCUCAUGGUGUUCUACAUGGUAGCCAAUGCUCUUAUCUACCGAAGAUAUGCAAUCACCAACCACACCCCUCCACUGCACACCCUCUUGUUCCUCUUCCUUCUCUCCCUCACUGCAUUCUGCUUCUCCAGUGCUUGGAAAUUCAAACAGCAAUGGUGGACUCUGCUACUCUUCGGCGCUUUCAUGAUCUCCAUCACAGCCUUCUUCCAACACAUUGUGUCGGUGCCGCCUAGUAGUAACAACAACCUCAGUAGUACCCAAGAUGAUGCUCAUCAUUGGUGUGUGCCAUUCAUGCCAUGGCCAGCUUCCAUGUCCAUCUUUCUCAAUGUUUUUCUCAUGACUACCCUCAAAAUCAUAUCUGUCCAACGGUUUGCUAUAUGGGCAGGCUGCAUUAUCAUCUUCUAUGUGCUUUAUGGUGUUCACUCUACUUAUCAAGCUGAAGAGAUUGACAUGGUUGGUGGUGGUGGAAAUGGUGGUGGUGGUGAUGAAGUGAAUUCAAGUGCCCCCAACUUAUUACAAACUAAGGUGGAAAUACAAAUGUAUUAGAGCAUCUUUUGAAAUUCUUGUUAUAAAAUUGAUUCUGAAAUCAUAAUCAAUUUGGGGGGAGCUAUUUGGGCUAGUUUUUGGAUUUCAGAAUUGAUUAUGAUGAAAUUGUUUCGAAGAUGCUGUUACUUAGUUGAAAGUUGAAACAAAUUUCUGCUACACCAAUUGGCAAGAACAAGAAAAUGUUGUGUGUGUACACAUAUUAUGUGAACGAGUGGAUUUUUGUAAAGGGAUGUUGCAUUGGUGUAAAGAGGAAAACUCUUCAAUCAACAAUCGUUCUUUACAGUGUGAAAGAUGAAUUGAGUUGACCUCUAUUGUG